AUGUAUUCUCCUGCUCUUCCACCACCUUUGGAAUCGAGGCUGGAAGGCUGCGUCUCCGUCUUGCUUCUCGCGUUCUCAUCUCUCAACCUCCUUCUUCGCCUUCCUCUCUCCCUCGCGCCUCGCGCCUCGUCACAGCUCCCGUCCCUCGCUUCCGCUUCGCCUUUGUCCCCUUCUUCCCCUUCUUCCUCUUCUUCCUCUUCUUCCCCUUUGGAUCCUUCUUUCUCCUCUGCUGUCUGUCCUUCUCUCUCUGCGAGUUCCGGCCAGCCGUCUACGCGCCCUGGAGAGAAGAAAGCGGCGGCGAAAGACCCCAUUUCUCGGGAGACCGGCGAGAAGCGAAACGGGGAGGAACUAGAGGAACCCAACGACAAAGCACGAGAGCAAGCGGUCGACAGUGUCUUGCUAUCGAGCUACGGUGUAUCUGUCCGGAUCCUCCAACAUGCCACGCGAUUCCUGAGACUCUCUACCCAGACCCCACCUUCUUCUUCGCCUCCCCGCUCUUUCGUUCCGGAUCGGCGGGGGCUGUCGAGCGCGCAAAAGAGCCAGAUUGUGGCGCUGUGUGUCUUCCUUUCGCGCGGGCUGCUCGACCGCCUUCUCUCCCAUUUUUUUUGCCGUGUCUCGCCUCUUGCAUGCGUCGCAGUCCGCUCUGCGAGAGUCGCGCCGAGUCGCCGAAGCCGGACCGAAACGCUGGCGCCUCCGCAGAGCGAGCAGGAAGAAACAUCAAGAGACUCUCUCCAAGGCAUCGACAGGUACCCGGAGGGCAUCUCUUCUUCCUGUCCUUCCUUCUUCGGUGUCUUCUUCAAUGGCGAGGGCGCAUCCCCAGCGCCGACGCGCUCCGGCAGACCUACCGAACACCCGCCGCCCUGCGGCGAGUCCAGUCCUUUCUCCGCGUUUCUCUCGCGUUCCUCUCUCUCCUGUUCUGUCUCGGCAUCCUCCGUCUCUCAUCAUUCUCGCUCUUCGCUUUCAGCCUCGGCCGUUGCGCUUGCUGGCUGCUCGAACCGUCGAGGCAUCUGCGUCGCCCUCGCGAACAACUUGGGUCUGGUCGUGCGUCUUUUUCUCGGCAUUGUUUCGGUCGCCCUCGAGGGGACUCAGGAGACACAAAACGCCCGGGGCGACGGAGAUGAACUGCGGACAGAAAGCGCGGUGGCGAGGGCGCGUGAGAGGGCCCGCGUCGAGAGCCAAGAGGAGAUACGGUUCGCAAGGUGUGCAACACGCGAAGGCGGUGGAGAUCCGGGCGAGGAAAGAUCGACAGACAGCGCGAAAAAGCGCGAAGGGACCAAAGACAACUCACAGGACGAGUCGACUUUUCUCGCCUGUCAGAGUCUUCAGGACAUGGCCUGGGAAGCCGUUGUGUGGGCACUUCUGCUCGGGCGUUUCCUUUCGGAGACACAGCACGAGGUGGAGAGAAGCGAAACCCCGAGAGACGACGAGGGAGAGGCUACAGCCAGAGAGCUGAGAAAGGCGGGAGUGGAUGCGAAACAACGAUGUGCAGAUGCAAAGAGCCCAGAGGAAACCGACAGAUUUCCUCCGCACGCCUCCACGCCAGCUGUCGCCUCGUCCGUUGCUGUCCCCGCGUCGUCUUCUUCGCUUUCCCGAACUCCUUUCCAUGUGCUCUCAGUGCCUGACGCGGUCCUCUUCCCUCUUCGCCGUCUCCUCUCCGUAACCGUCCAGUCGCCUUCGCCUUCUCUCGCCUCUCUGCUGCCCCCCCAGAGCCUCCUGACGCCCGCAGCUGGGGCGGAAAGCGGUGCACGUGACCUCGAUCCUUUUCCCCCUCCUUCCUCAUCGUUCCCCUCUCUCCCGCCUUCUCAGAUUCUCUUUGCAAUUGCUCCCUUCGACGCGUGCGCCGGGCUGCUCCUCGCUGAUACGCAUCAUUCUUCUCCUUCUUCUUCUCCUUCUUCUCUUCCUUCUCCUCCUCUUUCUUCUUCUCUUCCUUCUUCUCUUCCUUCUUCUUCUUCUUCUUCUCUCGCUUCAGGGUCAAGAAAAUCUCAAAGCCUUCAUCCUGCGGCGGCUGAGUCCAACGCGAUUGCGCAGGACGCCGGGGAAAACUCCGUGCAGGCUCCAGCCGAACGGACAGGCGCGCGCGAAGCACCAGAGAGGGGGGAAAUCGCGAAGGAGUCCCACGAGGCGAAAAGGCACAGACAGGCCACCGAGCUGGUUCGCCUCGCCUGCCGAGUGCGCCUUCAUGUCGCGCAGCAUCUCCCUCUAUGGGUGGAGAGCGAUAAGCAAAAAGAAACAGGAGAAAAGCGAGAAGAAAAGCGAGGGGUGCAUGCAGGACUGCUGCGCUGUCGAGUCGGCGAACGCGAUGUGGACCCUACGAGAGCGGCGUCGAAUGCGUUCACAGGCGAAGAAGUGAACGUCGAACAGACGAAACUGCGGGAAAUCCUUGCAACUUGCCGAAUCGACGCUUUUGUAUGCACGCUCACCUGGAGACUCUCCGUCUUCCUCCUCAGACGCCCUUCGUUCGGGUCUUCUCGGUCCUCUCUCGACUCGGAUUCUUCCUCUUCCCCACGUGCCUCGUCUUUGAAGGCAUGGCUGAGGCGUGCAUCGUUCAGUGCACACUCCCUCAUUCACCACCUCCGGCUUCUGGUUUCCUACAUUGUUGCGUUUCCGCAGUUGUGUGCCCCGACGUCUCCAUCGCCCUCGUCUCUCCUUUCUCCGCUUUCUCCGCUUUCUCCGUCUCCUUCGUCCUCAGCCGUCCCUGCUGCUGAUUCCCCGUUUCCUUCCGCUUCUUCCUUUUCCUCUUCUUUUCCAGUUGCGUGGCUGUGCAAAGAAGCAGUGAAUCUCGGCGAGGAGUUGGAGGAGCUGUGUCAGGCCGUCGGCAAGGCGACUUCUUGUUUGUUUCUUUUUCUCCCUUUCUUCGGAGCGGGAACCGGUCUACAGAAACUGUCCCCGCUCGGACAGGCAGAGCAUCCGCGGAGAACCGAAAUUGCGAAAACGACUCGCAAAGGCGACGGAGAAGAACGCAAGACAAAAGGGCCAGAGGCGACAGAAGACGCCUCAACUUUAUUCGACGACGUUGAGCGGGCCGUCGCCGACACGUUUCGGCUUCUUCUUGUUUCCUCUCGGACCCUCUUUCUGUUGAACGAACGCCUACGAAUCGAACGGGGCAGUGAUUCCGACCCCUCUUCCUCUUCUCUCCCUUCUUCCUCUUCUCUGUCUUCUUCCCCUUCUCUGCUUUGUUCGUCGUCUGCCUCUUCGUCUUUCUCUUCCAAUGCUUCCUCUUCUUCUGUUGAAUCGCGAACCUGCCUGCGUCGGCAGGACGUCUCCACCGAGUCGCGGAGACAGCGCAUGCGUCUGGAGCGUUUGGUAUCCGACCUGGUGCGGGGGCGACGAAGGACAGCAGAGCGCGGGAAGGAGUCAACCAAAACGUCAGGCGAAACAUCAGACGAACCGCUUGGGGGAAGGCGCCAGCGAAGAGAUUCCACCGCGCCUCCGAGGGCGCUCGAUCGGUCGGAAGAAGAAUGUUCCUUUUUCUUCUUUGACGGCGGAUCUUCCCUUCGAGCGGGCUUCUCGCUCCUGCGCCUCCUCACACGGCUCGCCAUCGAGACAACGCUCCAGCGUCUGGGAGACAGGGGGGACCACACGACGCGGGGACACCUGUCGCCGCCAGAGUCCGGAGCGGCGAAGCAUAGCGGAGAGAAAAAGGGAGAGCGCGAGACCGAGAUAGGGCCGAGCCCGAGGCGACGGAGCUGGGAGGAAGGCGGCGGGGAAAAAGACGCGAGAGAUGGAGAGAGAGCGCGAGAAACGAAGGAAACGCCUUCCACUUGGGACCGUCUCGCUCGCGUCUUCGCCGAAGCCUUGCAGGCCUGGCAACGCGAAGUGCUGCGCCCCCUGCGGCCUUCUUCGCUGGACGCCCCGUCGUUUUCUCUUCAUUCGCUUGCCGCCUCGGACGACCUUCGAGAGUCUUUGCCAGUUCCCGAGAUCCUCUUUUCGCAGUUUAGCCGCGAUCUGAUCCUCGAGGCGCGGCUGCGCUUCCACAGAGCGCAUGCAGUCGCUUGCUACUCAGCGUUUCUCCGCGAGGCGAUUCUGCCUUCGCUGCGCCCGCUCCUUGCCUCGCCGCCCUUUCGUCUCCGCCCGCGGACGUCUUGGUGUCCCGGUCGGAGACAGCCUGAGGCUGAAACCGCUGACGGCGGAGAGCGCGACUGCAGCCGCAAAGCGGCGCAAAGAGGCGCCACGGUGGUCGGCGCUUUUGAAACGAAGCGGGAAGAGGAGACAGGGAGACAGGCGACACACGACUGGGGAACCUCGGGGGCGAACCCCUCGAAAGCAGACUCGACAUCGGCGAGCGCGCUUUCCUCUCCAAACGUUUCAAACGCCAAGGAACCCUUUGCCUGUGAGGAGGGGGAACACGAGAAACGCGCGUUUCUUGAAAACGACGUCUCUUUGUCUCUCGCCGACACGUCUCAAUCUCCUCUUUUGAUGCGGAGACGGAGCGCCCAAACCUCACCAGCCCCCGCCAGGGACGGUCCGUCCGAAGGGAAACUCCUGCCGUCUCUCUCUCCCCUUGGUGAGCCUGCGUCUUCUCCCUUUUCUUCGUCUUCGCCCUCUGUCGCAGCGUCUCCAACUUCUGUUUGGUUUCCGCCUGUGACGGAGGAGAAGGAGAAAGAGGGCGAGCGCGACACACGGUCUCGAACGCCGGCCCGCGAUGCUGCGGAUGUCGCGUUUCGUGGAUGCCGAGAGACUCACGGAGGCGGAGCUGGAGAAGGCCUGAGAACUGGAGAAAGACGUGAAGAUGAUGAAUUGGAUUCGCCUUUGUCUUCCUUGCCUUUGUCUUCCUCGCCUCUCUCUGAAGACUUCUCGUCUCCGCUUCGGACUCCGCCGCCUCGGGGAUUUCGACAGGAUUUUUCUUCAACGCCCUCUGCGUUUGCCUCGCCGUCCCUCGCGGCGUCUCCGCUCAGUGCUCCCAGAGGGCGAAGCUUGUUGGGCCACGCGCCCCGCACGCCUCUGGGCAAACCCCGACCUGGCCGCUCUCUCAGUGCGCUGCAGCAAAGGCGAAUCUCUGCAGUUGUCUCCCCUCUCUCAUCUUUUCGCAGCCAACUCUCGCCCUUCUCGUCGUCACUCUCGCCUCUCUCAUCCAAGUCUACUCUGUCGCCCCCGUCUCCUCUUUCAUCCAAGGCUCCUCUUUCUGCUCUUUCGUCUGAUUUGUCUCUGUCGAAGUCAUCUGUCGAGUCUUCACUGCCUUUUCCUUCUUCGCCUCUGUCGUCGUCGAUGCGUCGCACGCGCGAAGUCGAGCCUCAGUCGAGGGGCGGUCUCUCCGAGUCGUCUUCUUCCUCGUCUUCUACACCGGCAUGCCCGGCUCUUGAGGAGCGGCGCUUUCCUGUGGAGGAGGGGAUGCAUACGCCGAGGCGGGGCAGGGAGGAAGGAAGGGAGCAAGGAAGGGAGAAAGGAAGGGAGCAAGGAAGGGAGCAAGGAAGGGAGGAAAGCGAGAAAAGGCUGGCAAUGCCUGGACGGGAGACAGCCAGAGGAGCUGUCGAAGAACCCGGAAAGCAGACCGCACGAGGUUUCUCUCUGUCAGCGGGUCAGGCGGCAGCUGUGGCCGGUCGAGGUCGAGCGCGGGGCGUCUCUUCUUCCGCAUCUCAACCCCGAGGGCGACCAAGAACGCACUCCAGCUUUGCGCCCCCGAGUCUCGGCAGCCCAAAUGCAGAACGAGAGCACAACGUAGUGCCUUUUCACACACAGAGAAAGGAGAUGCUGCUCGCCGACACUUCCCGUUUUGACAGCCACUCGGUCGGCACUUCUCCGUCUGAUUCUUCAUCUGUUUCUUCUCCUUCUUCGGGUUCUUCUCCGCUUUCCUCUCACGCUCCAGGCCGAGCACUUCCUUUGUCGGGACCUGUCCAGCCUCGCGGUGGCGCGCAAACCCGUCGCCCCGCUCCGUCUCCCUCGGCAGAGACAGAAAGGGACCGAAACAGACGGAUGAACGCGACGGCAGCGCAGGAGCCUCUCCCGUCCGAUCGCAGUCCACGUGCCUUGCCGUCUGCUGGUCGUGCCCCAAAGUCUUCUUCGUCUCCCGAGUUUGUCUCGCUCUCGUCUUUUCCCCGCCGCGUCGACGGCAUGUUUGCGCCGCACCUCGAGGCGGUUGUUUUCGCUUUCAAAUCGCUUCAAGAAUCUCUGCUUUUCGUGAGGAACUACACGGGGGCGGCGAGCGCUGCGCGCGCGCUUCGGAACGAGGUGUACGCACAUGGCAACAUUGCCCUAGUGCGGGCAUGCAGUCUGCUUUUGCGGUCGGAAGCCUCCCGAGACAAAAUGGCAGUUCUUGUUUCUUUCUUCAAGGCGUCGCCCCCUUGGGAGGAGACAGCGGGCGCUGAACGCAGUGGAGAGGAGAAACGCGACACAGACCGAGAGGAAGACGAACGGGCGCGAGCGCGAGCGACGGGAGAACGAGAGGGACAGGGAGACGAACGGAGACAGGAGACGAGCGAGAAAGAACGCACACCCGCGAAACAAACACCUGCUCUCCAGGACGCAAAGGACAGAACGGGAAGGGAAAGCGAGAAAGGCGGCGAGGGGGAAAGGCGCGAAGCGGAAGAAGAGCACGAGACAGAUGACCGUCGGGAGAAAGGCACGAGCCGCAUGCGAAGGAUUGCUGAGGAUAUGCGAGUCGUGCUUAGGCGAGGGGUUCGAUCGCAUGUUCAGGCGCUUCUCUCGCAAUUAUCCAACAAGCAACAAACCCAGGGGUGUCUCCAUUCCUCUACAGUGAACCCUCUUUCGUCUUCUUCCCCUUCUGCCUCUUCUUCAACUUGUCCUUUCUCUGUUUUUCGUGCUCCGGUUUCCCUCUUCUCUCUGCCGAACGCUCUUGCUGAUCCUGGUCCCUCCAUCAGCGCUGUCGGUCCCCUGGCGCGCCACGCUCUCUCGGAAGGGCCGAGCGUGGAGACGACGGACAGGCGCGAGUCUGUUUCUCUCCCGCGGCUUGCAUUUCUCACUUCCUGGCUAGAAGAACAACUCGCCUUUCUCGGGAGGAAGGAGCAACAAACGCCCCUGCUGUACCGGCUGCUUCUGGCGUCGGCAUCGCCUUCCUCUUCGGCUCCAUCGAUGUGGGAAGAACUGAAUGCCUCUCUUCUCGCCAGCCUUCGAGGCAUUUGCGAGGUCGCGCAGAGCGCGCCGCCUGUCUCGGCCCGUUCCAGCUUCCCAGGAGAUGCGAAGUUCGAUGCAGAGGCUCGAGAUUGCAAACGCGGAGCCCGCAAGGCGCACGAGAGAACAGCCGAAGGAGACACAGAGAGAGGAGAGAGAAGACGUUCGUGGAGACAACAUGCGAACCGCAAAGCCGAGAGAGAAACGGAGGGAGACACGGCACAGCACGACGCUGCGGAUCGCGAGGAAGAGGAAUCGCGUCCUUUCUGGCGCGUCCAGAUCGGUUUGACCGUCGCGCAGAUCGCUGCGCUGUCUCACCGUUUUCUCCGGGACUCGUGGGCGAUUGCAUGCGCGAAGGAGACGCGGGGCGAGCAAACGGAAGGGGAGCGCCGGCGCCAGGCUGCCUUGGCUCGGCUCGGUUCGGCGCCGCACGCAGGCGAGGAGGCGCCAAACGAAAGGAACGUCCGCGACCGACCAGAACCGAAGCACUUGGGCGAGCGUGGAGACUGCAAAGGAGACAAUGGUAGAGACAGUCAAAGAGACAGUGGAGACGACGGAGACACCGUGCAAGUUAUCGAGGCGACACAGGCGGACAACGAGCAAGGCGGUCGGUCGAGGCGCGGGAAGCAAGGGCAGGAUGCGGCAGCUUCGGCCCCGCCCGAAAGCAGUCGGACGGCGGAGGCGGAGAGGGACAGGAAGGAGAUGAAGAACAGAGUGAAGAAACACCUGACAGCAAAUCUUGUCGAGGCGACAGCCACCAACGGAACUACACUCUUGCAGAUUCUCCACACCGCCCAGAACUUCCUUCUCGGUGCGCGUUCGUCCUUCUCUCCAUCUUCUCGGGAUGCAUCGUGUGCUUCCUUUCACCCGUCUCCACCAGAGACUCUCUCUGCCUGGCAAGGCAGCGUGGCGACGCAAGCCGAGGCCGUCUUCGCGUUUCUGCUCGCGGAGACUGCUCUGCUUCUUUGCUCCACGGUCCUGUGUGGCUGGGAUCUCGCCCUCGAAUGCGCGCGGAACGGUCCGGGGGAGGGAAGGGGGGCGAGAAGGACCGGAAACGAUGAAGGAGACGCAGGCCGCUGGAGAGCGAGGCGGCGAGAACGAAGCGACAAGGGAGACAGAGACAUCCUUCCCUGGACCAGAGGAGGCACACCGGACUCAGGGUGUCGAGACGCCUCUUUCUCCUCGCGGCCGGAUCCAUCGCCCUGGCCGCUUCUCGCUUCCUGCUCCGCGUUCCCCGCGUCUCCUCUGUCUCCUGCUCUCUCGACAGCCUCUUCUUCUCCUGCUUCCUGUCUCCUUCCCCUCGACGCGGAAGAUGCAUGCAAUCGAGGCCUGCGCGAAGCCUGGUGGGCCGGAGCUCUCGGGCGACAGGCCGCCGCCCGCAGGCACGCCCGCACCUCUCUCGCGUUCUUCCUCGCUUUUCUUCUCUCUCUCGCCCACGCAGGUCGAGACGGGGAGUCGAAGGGACGCGGCGUGUCGCGGGGCGGCGACCGCGGCGAAGCGCAGGCGCUUCUGUCGCCUUCUUCUCCGGUUUCUCGCCCAUCAGCUUCUCGAGUUUCGCCUUUCCUCCCGGCUUCUCUCGUCGCCCGCGUUUUGAACCGCAACGCGAGCAGCGAACUUUUGACGCUGGACAGCUGGAGGCCGCUCGCGAGUCUACAGCGCGGCUGCUCUCAAGAAAAGCGUGACGCAGGCGAUCCAGAGGAGACCCGAAGCAAAGAAGAGACCGAACGCGACACCAGGAGGACGGACCCACGCACUUCGCCUUCGAAGCCUUCUCUGUUCGCUUCUCCCUGUUCCUCUUCUCUUUCGUCGCCGUCUUCAGGGGACUCUUUUGACAGCCGACGCCGCACAUUGCUCACCUUUGUAAGCCAGCUGUUCUGGAUCGCCGAAGCCUGCAACUCGCAGCGUCUCCGCACGGCCUCUCUCCUGCUUUCUCUCGCCCUCCUCCUCCCUGCGUGGAAUUCCCCGCCUGUCUCGCCUUCUGUCUCCUGCCCUGCUGCCGACGGAAGCGAGCGAUCGGGCGGGAAAGAAGGAAACGCUUUUGUGGAAGGCCGCGCAAACGCGCAGCCUAGCGAAGUCGGAGAAGAGACGUCACCCGGAAGGGAGACCCAGGGUCCAGUUUCCGCUUCUCUUUCGUCUCCGUGCGUGUCUGCGUCCCGCAUGGAGGCUCACCUAGCCUCCGCAGAUUCGCUCCUGGCCGCUGCCGCCGUUCUUCUCCGUAUCUCGCUUGUCGCUGCUAUCGCUCCGCGCUCUCCUCGUGCCUGUCUAGACACGAAAGGCUCGCGAGAUCGGCGAGGCGGCAGCACCGCGAGAGGAGACACGUGGAACGAAGAACGAGAAAAGGCGUGGGAAGAAGAGGAAACGAGGGGGAAACUGGCGGACGACGCCGGCGAGGAACAGGUGACCUUGAUCUCUCCCGCCUUCGAGUGGUUUGAAGCUGGAGAACAGCUGCUCCUGCAGUGGGAAGAGCGCGUCGCCUCGCUCGUCGCUUCCUCUGUUUCUCCGAACGGCGCAACCCCUUCGCCGGCUUCUCUCCCUGUGUCGUUUUUGCACAAAAAGAUCGAAGUCACCAGUGUGCGGCUGCGCGCAUGUCGCCGUCUGUUUGCCGGCGCAGAGAGGCGGCGACGAACGGACGCGAUUGUCAGGGAAAUCUUCUUCCUCGUCGAGUUCUCAAAGGCUUCAACAGGUGGGGGGCGACCGCGUGGAGACAAGCAAGACACUCUUCAAAAGACAGAGGCCGUCCCGGAGAACGGCGCGCAGAUGCAGCCUGACGGGCAUCUUGGUUCCUGGUCUUCUGCGUCUUCGCCUCUCGCUGCUCUCGCGCUGUCGGGUGUCCUCGAGGAACUGAGCCGCGCGACUCUCGAAUCGAGUUUUGUUGGGUCUGUCUCUCCCUCGCCGGCGUCUCUUUCGUUUCGAAGCGCGGCGCCACCUGGAGAGACAAGUCGCAAAAGGCCAGACCGCGACAGCCCCGACCACGUCGCUCUCGAUCCCGGGCUAGGUUUGUUUCUCGGCGAUGCUGCCAAUGCGCCUCUGACGACUGCCUUGCAUGCGUCUCUCUCUGCUUCGUCCCGCUCACUCUCGUCCAAUCAGGCGAGUUCGCCAAAUGCCUCGCGGCCACCCUUCCCCCCCUUCGCUUCCGCCCUGUCUUCGCUCUUCUUAUCGGGGUAUCGCGAAACUGAGAGACAGAGCCACCCACUUCGUCUCCCAGUGUCGUCUGUGGGGUGCGCAUCCGCCGCCGUUUCUGUCUCCUGUUUGGACCUUACGCGCGGCUUCUGCCUCCCCGACCUCCUGCAGCUUCUCUUUGCAACGCUCUGGGCCGCAGAGUCGCACGAAAGAGCCGGAUUCGAACUCUAUGCGCUUCGGGCGCUAGCAGGCGCUCUCGACCUCUGCUGCCGGUGGACCUACUGCCUUCCCAUGGCCAUACGCUGCUCAACAGCCCUCGUCCGUCUUGUUCUCCGGCAUGGCCACCCUCGCCUAGAUGUCUCGGAUUUCUCGCCAACCGCUUCUUUUUCUUCUCUUUCUUCUUCUUCUUCCUCCUCUUCCUCUUCCUCUUCCUCCUCUUCUUCGUCUUCUUCCUCUUCUUCGUCCUUUUCUGUCUCUGGUUUCCUGCCUGCUCAUCAGCUGAGCCUGCUUACCGCGAAUCCUGCGUCCUCGCUUUUGCCUCCGCAUCUUCUUCGCGCCUCCCUUUCUGCGUUCUCUUCGCCGGUCUGUUCGCUGCGCUCGCUGCACGCGGAGGCGUCUCUCCCGCCUCGCCUGGAGCAGAGGAGUCCGGCUGAAACGGCUUCCGAGACCGACACGGGCGACACGAACACAGAGAGAGACGAAAGUGCACCGGAAAAGACAAGAGACGAAAGCCUCCGCCUCGCCAUGCAGCGCAGCCUGGCUCUGCUCUUCAAACCGGAGUCGGUUCCGCUCGUGAACGGCCUCUCAGUCGUGGAGCAUCUCCAGCUGAAGGCUUUUCUCCAGCGUCUUCUUCUCUCUCUGAAGUUUAUCUUCCUCCAGGCCGUGAACUCGCCAAGAGGAAACAGGAACCUCGACGGCCGACACGCCGACCUUCCGACUCCGCUGCGCCAGCAAGCCUCCGCGCUUUCUCCCUCGCCCUCAAGUGUCCCCUUGAACGCGCGACACAGUCAGAACGAACCGCAUGCGGGGGCGCGCGAGAUUCUCGCUCGGAGUCCCUCUGCUCUGACGACAUGUCCCGGUCCUCCAAACCUGCCAAGUCUGCCAAGUCUGGAAGAGACAGACGGCCUUCGAGACGCACGCCCCGUGGACGCCCCGCCUUCGGCACGUCUCAUCUGUUCCUUCGGCGCGAAGCGACUUCCAGAGCUUCGCCUCCAACCCGAAGCAGACGGCAGGUGCGCCGGCGGGCGGGGACAGGGGGGAAGUCCAGGCGAGACGCUCGGGGCGUCUUCGGGAUCGACGAAGCUUCUGACGAGGCGGCCAAAGGGCGAGAAAGCGCCAGCCGAGCUGGGCGUUUCGUUCUACGACCUGGCGCUGGUGAGCGAGGCUCUCGCGGAGGCGAGGCUUGCGUGUGGAGCCGCCGCGGCCUUGCCGGCUGCGGCUUCGACAGGAGUUUCUUUUCGGGCGAACCAUUUCAAAAUGGAGGAACCCUUCGAAACACUGGAAGACAGGACGGAAGGACGCGAGGGAAGAGGAGACGUAGGCGAGGCUGGAGACAGCGCAUUCGUCAGUUCGGGCCUUCUUUCGGAGCAGUCGUUUCGGCUGCCUUCCAACGGGGUUCUGUCGAGGUCAAAGACGGUCACGAAGGAAGGGCGCGCGGCGGAGACGCGAAAAAGAAGCGGAAAGGCGGUGGUUAAAAGGGGCGAAGACGCGAGGGAGACAGAAGAGACACUCCCUCCUUUUGCGCCGCAGCCUGCUGCUCAUCUGCAAAUGGAUCCGUUCUUUCUGCUCCACUCUCGGAGUCUCCUCAACGUUCUCUCAGAGCUUUGUAGGAAGCGAGACGGAAUCCAGGAAACCGAAACGGAGGACGACGCCGGGGAUGGAGAUGAAGAUCGCGAAGAGGACAUUGAAGACGGGAUCGAAAGGGCUGAAAGAGCACUCGAGCUAACGGUGCAACGUAGCCGGGGAGUCCUCGAAAGAGACACAAACCAGCUUCUUCGUCUCGCUCUCGAAGCUCUGGUCGAACACUCGCUUCUCCAUCCGCCCUCCCUUUCUCCAUCUCCUUCAUCUUCUGCUUCUUCGGCUUCUUCAUCGUCUUCAUCUCCUUUUUCCUGCCUGCUCGGACUUGUGCUGCACAUUCUUCUGCAUGAACUGGAUGUUCCUGCGCCCUCAUCUUCACCACCUUGGAGGACAGGAGAGCGCGUUACCGCGGAAUCUCCCGCCCCGCAAGAGGAACGGAGAGACGACGGACGGGGGUUCCUGCUUGGCGGAAAAACGACAGAGUGGUUGCCGUGCGACCUACGGUUUCUUCUCUCUGUGUGUGCGCUCUGCGUCGCCGCGAGGCUCACAGACACCGUGGGCAUUCGCGAGAGCGCUCGCCAGCUCGUCGACUGCGUACACGAAAUGAAGAAAGCUUCGCAGAGGCCGCAACACGUGAUGCCCCCGGAGGCGGGACGCGCUGUGCAAGUAGAGGACGAGGAAACCGAAGCGCGUUUUGCCGUCUCCUCCAUCUUGCAGGCAUCGAUCCCCUUGGCCUGCGGCGGUGGUGCAGUGGAUUUGCAGCUUCUCUACAGAGCCGAGGAGCGCCGGCUUCUCUCGCGCCUCCUCGCUCAGUCUUCUCCGUCCGCUUCGAGGCCGCGGCACCCGUCGGCAGGUCUGGAUGCGCCAAACGGAGACACGUCCACUCCGGGGGGGCGACUCUCGGGAGGGACGGCUGAGAGAGCGAUGGCGAGCCUGUCGAGCUCCGGAUCUCUGGUUUUUCUGGCGAUUCUCAUGGAGCGUUUUCUCGCCUUCUCCCCUCAGCAAAACGGGCCACAUUCGCGUCUUCCCCUCGCGGCAAAUCCACAGAAACGGACUGUGCCGAGUCCGUGCUGGCCGUUCUCUUCGCCUUUCUCGUCUGUGAUUUCUUCGCCUUUCUCUUCGUUCCUCUUCUCUGCUUCCUCUCGCGGUGUGAGACCAGAGACAGGAGACAGCGAGGCACGCGCUUUGUCUCUCUCCCGCGCUGCGCAGCCUUCUUCGUCGCCUUCCUCUCCAGCACAUGUGCAGCCCACAUGGGCAGACGGCACGGCCUUUGCCGCUCCCGCGGCGUUCUCUUCUUCUCGAGCGCUUCCCUCGUCUCCUUUUUCAGACUUGUCUCCUUUCCCUGCCUCGCCGACAGAUGCGUGUCGUGCAUUUUGGGGCCUCAUGCCCAUCGCCUGGUCCUGCGUUUUCCUGUCUCUCUCGCCUGACCGUCGAACCUGCGUCCUCGCCAGGCCGGUCCCUGCUCGCCUCGCCGCUGCCCUCGCCGCAGGCGCCGCACUUUCCAUGUCGGAGGAGUCUGAGGAGACAGGGGGACAGUGUGGGGAGAGACAGUCAGGCGAGAGACGCCGCGGAGGCCGCACGGAGGGGCAAAGCGAGUGCAGGAAAGCGAUCUGGUCCGUCGACCAGGCGGGACGCGAGCUGAAGGCUUUUGACGGUCACGUCGAAGGCGACGCAGAGUGGAGCGGCAGGGAAAACCUGUUGAGGGAUGCGCAGGAAAGAACGCCUUCGCGCUCCGCUGGAAAGGCACAGGAUCCGGAACCAACGACGGAGGAAGAAAGCUACUUCUGGAUCGUCUACUACGUGCGCGAGAGCGACGGCCUUGCAGUCACGGAGACAGACUCGCAUGCUUGCCGAGGAGAACGGUGCAAGACCCCCAGGGCCCGGACAGAUCCGGCGUCUCCCAAUCUGCCUUGUUCUCCCUCUUGUUCUUCCUCCUCUCCGUGCUCGUCUGCCUCGAGUUCUUCCGCUGUGUCGUUCUCCUCUCUCCUCCGUCAGUUCCAAUGGCUCCAGUGGCUCCUCUCUCUCACGGCUGGGCAGACGGCACAGGCCUUCUCGCAUCGAUCGCCGUCCCUCUCUCCUCUCUCUGCUUCGUGUGGGGCCUCUGCGGCUUCGCCCUCAUGCGGGGAUGAGCAGAUGCAGCGCGCGCAGCUCCUGCUCCGCUGGUGGACGCAGCGGUGCGAGCUCGAAGCUGAGUUUUCUCGCUGGAUCCAUCGUCUCCACUGUCGGCUCGGCCUCGCCCUCCUGUUGCUUCGCGGUUGGCCCUCCUUCUCUUCUCCGUCUUCUCCGUCUCCUCCGUCUUCGUUCUCCUUCACGCGCGAAGGCGAGAGAAAGGAGGCGCGUCUCCUCGAGGUCCUCCGCUUUUGCGGGGGCGUCCUCGCCCGAUGGCUGGCCUCGUGGGCGUCUGCUGACGGAGACCGCUGGAAAGGCAAGAGAGAAGAGGCGGCUUCAGAUACGGAACGUCUGGUCGUCGCCAAAGCCGCAGAGAAGGAAAGACCAGGGCAGGCGCGCGAGGCGACACACGCGCGUCUCCUCUCCGCUCCAGAUGGUCUCCCGCGUGGCGACAGCCCGACCCUGCAGCAUCAUAGGCGUCCCCGGCUGCUUCUGCCUCUCCAGCGCUUUCUGUCCGAACGCAGGAGCGAGAAAAACGGCGGAAAGGGCGACACUUUCUCGGACCAAAGUCGGCAAGGGACAGGCGAAAUCCUGCUCGCCAGUCUCGCGCAGCUGGCCUUUGCGCUUGCGUCUCUUAAGCUGUCCGUUGAUUGGCCCGAGAGCGACAGACUCCACCUGGGGAGCCUGGUCGGACCUUACGGCGUGUUUCAUUCUGAACGGGCCCCGGGAGUUUCGAGUCGCGUUUCUUCGUCUUUUUCCGCGUCGCCGCAUGCUGGGAUGUCCUCGCCUCGGCCGGUGUCUCCCUGCCAUGCUCGCGAGCCGUGUCCGUGGGACCUCGAUGCCUGCCCAGGCCGAGCACACAGCGCAGCGGAGCCGCGCACAAGGGGCUGGCGCGGCAGAGAAGAAAGCGGCAAAGACAGAGUUCAAAGCCGGGAUUUUGGAACGGAACCGAUCCGGUACUGGUCCGAGCAGGGCGCGGCGGUCAGCAACGCUGCAGGCGCACGGGCUCCCCCAUCGCUCACUGCUCUGUUUCGCGAGGAGAUGAUGGACAUAACUUGGGACGCCUUUUCGUGUUCUCUCGACGAUUUAGGCAACUUUCUGCACAGACAUGUGCUUCCGCCUCUGCUGGCAAACGGGGGCUGUGGCCCAGGGAACCGGGCGCGACAGGCGGAGCGUGAAGAAGGGGGAGGAAGCGGCUUCGACUUGCGAGAGGGCGGGGGUGAAGCAGAUCUAGAAGAAACGGGAGACGGGCAGAAACGAGAUGCAGAAGCCAGCAACGACAAAGAACAAGAAAAGGAAGAGGAAAGGCGACUGUGGCGUCUCGUCGCCUGGACCUUUCUCCGCGAUGUCGUUGAGCCUCUUGCGGCGCUUUUCUUUGCCUCUCGCAAAAAGCGAAACCUCUCACCUGAAACCGCGUCUCCCUGCUCCUGUUCUCGAUCUCCAGCCCUUCUCCCCUCCUUUCCCUCGCGACGUUGUUCCCCUCCGUUCGCUUCUUCUCUCUUGCCUGUCCAGAACGCUGGGCUUCCAAGGCGCUGGGAAGGCGGAGACUGCGAAGAAGACAAGGCGCGCCUCGAGAUCGAGAGUGUCUCCGUCUCGCCCGCCUCUCGGCCUCUUUCCUUUCCCGUUAAAGUGCAGGAUUCUGCAUGCAGAGCAAAGAGCCAAAAGGCAGUCGACCUUCUGGACUCAGCCCGCAGAGAACCGGGCGUGGCGAGCGAGCGGGAGGAAGCAAACGAGACCGCGAGCGUGCGACGAGGCCUCGGCGAAGGCGAGACGCACGGAGACUUCACACAGGGUGAGUGGGACCGAAUUGUUUCGAUCCACAGGAGCCUGCAGGACCGACCGCCUCUGGACGCGAAACGCGCCACAGACGACGGGCGACGCGAGCGCUUCUUUGGGAAAAAGUGCAUGCGCGGGAGGUCUCCGUUUGCUGCAAAAAGCUCGCCGCGAACCGAACAAGCUAGGCGGAUGUCGUUCCCUUCUCUUCUGCGUGCGGUCCUCGCUCAACCGCCCGAAGCGACAAGGACAGAGGAAGCCGAAGGCAAGGAAGAAAGAGAAAAAGAAGGGGAAGAAGACGAAGAUGGCCUCGUGGCGACAGAGCCGGUUUUGCUGUACGCAGAUCCGCUUUUUUCUCAGCUCCCGCUGGAGGCUUUGCCAGCGCUGCGCCUUCAGCCUCUGUGUCGCGGCGGCUCGCCCCUCAUCACGUUUUUUCUGCUCUCGCAGCUGCGGGGGAGACGGUCGCCUUCUCAGAAACCUCUCACGCAGCGCGCUUCCCUGGAGUAUGCGCCCUCGCCUCCGUCCUGGUCUCCCCUGCCGAGCGACACGGACAGAAAGCGAACGCGAAACGAAGCAAAAGACGCUCCCUGGCGUCUCCGCCCUCUGGACAAUCACGGCGGCCAGGUCACCCAGGCCGAAGACCGCGAGGAGACACGCGAGGCGAAGCGGCGAAGAGGAGACAGCCAGGAGACACGGGAGGCGAUCUGUGGGGCGCUGGCGCCUCAGGAACGAUUCGGCGCGGUGGCCCGUCUCUCUCCGAACCUUCGCUUCGUUUCGGGCACUCCGCCCAAAAGUCAACGCAGCACCUUUUUCGCGAAACAGGCGAGGCAUCCAACGCAAAACGUGCAGGGGCGAGACGCGACCAGGCUCGCCCUAUCACUCUUCGAUCUCGACCUGGCGCCGUACACGCAGCCCUGCUGCUCUGUGGCGUCUCGGAGAGCCGCUGAGGCGACACCAGCAGGCGCAGCUGAGAGAGGCCGGACAAACAGUCGGGCACGGAGUCAGGACGCUCUCGAGAAGCGUGGCGGCGGCGCGCGAGCGUUCGUGUCCUUUGGAGAGAGAACGAGAGACGCUUGCACAGCGCCUGGCAGCUGGAAGCUCGCGGGGCGAAGUCGGAGGAGAAGCGGGCGGAGGGGCGAAAUACCGGGGGGCGGAGUCGAGGCCGACAGCGAAGAGAUCGAGGGAAAGUCUACGAGCCGAGACCGGAGAGAGGGGAGAGAACGCGUGAUGGUUGGAAGCGUGCCGGCAGGAGACCGAGCAUUCAGGCUGCGUCUCGGAGAGAGAGGGUCGUUGCUCGGCGCGAACAAGAGCCGCGUCGUCUUCAGCAUCAAUCCCUCUGGCGAUUUGUCUCGCACAGCUCGAGUUUGCCUCCCUUUCCUCCUCGCCGGCGGAGAUGCGUGGACAGGAAAACUCAGUGCCCCGUUAACAGAAAACGAAGUGCUUUUCAGUCUCCUCUCGGCGGACGUCUUUCUCUACUGCGGCCACCAGGGCGGCGAGCAGUAUAUUCACAGAGAUUUGAUUCAGCGCGCCUUCCAGCUUCUGGACGACUCCUCUGUCUCUUCCUUCCAGUUGCCAUCUCUCUCUCCAUCUCUCCCUUCUCUUCCCCCGCCUUCCCCCGUUCCUUCUUCUCCUUCCCCCGUUCCUUGUCGCUCUUCUUCUCGUUCGCCUUGUUCUUCCUCUCCUUCGCUUUCGUAUCUCUCUGGACUUCGCGCGGCGGCUCUUCUGUUCGGCUGUAGCAGCGUGCGUCUCACCUCGUUUAGCCCUCGCAGUGCGCCCUGGAGUUUUGCCUUCGACUUCUUGAUCGGCGGCAGCCCGCUGGUGAUUGGCAACCUGUGGAGUGUGACCGAUGUCGAGGCGGAUGCAGUGACAAAGAGUAUGCUCUGGAAGUGGACCCAGGCGCACUCUUCGCCCCUGUUGCUCCGCGAGACACGAACGCGCACCGUCUGGGAAGGGGCUGGGACAGUCGUCGGAAACCCCUCCGGAGGUCUCUUCGCGAAACGGAGCUUCUCUCGCCGGCCCGAGGCCGCGAGCGCGAAUCGCCGACGCGGGGACGCGGACGGUGCGGCAAAACACGAAGACAAUCCGGCACGCGAAGCAGAAGAAAGAGAAGAAGAGAGAGACGAAGAGAGAGAAGAAGAAAGAGAAGAAGAGAGAGAAGAAGAGAGAGAAGAAGAGAGAGAAGAAGAGAGAGAAGAAGAGAGAGACGAAGAGAGAGAAGAAGAGAGAGACGAAGAGAGAGAAGAAGAGAGAGACGAAGAGAGAGAAGAGACGCCUACGGAUUGUCCUUGUUCUUCUGUACGUCUCUCCUUGACAGAGUCGAUCAACGAAGCGAAGCAGGCGUGUCGCCUCCGCCUCUCCACUGGAGCCGCCGCCGUUGCCUUUGGUCUUCCCCUCUGA